CUUCCGGUACUUCGCCAUUUCACUCAGAGUUUUCAGGAAGUAUCGUAAAAUCUUCAAUUAUUGAAAGCUCCCGUAUCUGUCAAUGUUUAUAUUAAUGUAUUUUAGUGAAUACAUGAUAGUAGCUGCUGGUUCACAUUUAUAAUCCUUCAAUACUCUGAAUGUUUGGUUAAAAGAAAUCGGCUGGGGUUUUCCUGCCUGUUCGAAAAAAAAACAGGAAAACUAAUUUAAUUGAACUACCAUCGUUAAAAAUGAGUGGAUCAGGGCGAAAGCGAACGACGGACCGACAUUACUCGGCAGAAGACCAGGCAUUAGAUCAAAUUUCCAAAGAGGCUGAAGAGCGUAUACAAGCAAGACGUCAGGCCCGGGCCGAGGCACGGGAAAUGCGCAUGAAAGAAAUUGAACGCCAACAAAAAGAGGAAGAGGAUAAACAAAAAGCCCAAUCACAAGGCACAGACUCUGUGAAGGCUUUAUCGAGCUUCUCCGGCUCACGGCGAGGCAGCAAUGAUUCCACCGAGUCCGACAUGUCGUCCAAGGACAGCAACGAUCCCAAGGACCAGCUCCGAAAAUCUAAGAUACAACUGAGAGAGCUUGAAGACAAAUACAAGGCGGCCAUGUUGACAAACGCGCAGCUGGACAACAUCAAGACAAGCAAUAUUUUCCAGAUAGAACUGCUGAAAGAACAGUUAGAGGAACAAGAAGAACAGAUGCUUGAAGUGCAGAGAGAGUACAAAGAUAAAUCAAGGGACUAUGAUUUCUUAAAAAGGGAUUUUGACGCCCUAAAGCUAGAUAAUGAAGGAAUACGACAUCAAAUGGAUGUUAAAGAUAGAUUAUUAAAGGAGAGCGGAUUAGUGAUAGUGCAGUCCCAGGAGGGAGAGUUUUCACUCACUAAGUGUUCAGACAUGUCGGAAGUUCCUGUCUCCGAGCUGGGAACCGCAAUAAUUUCUGAGGAAGCUGCAGAUCUGUUGAAGAGAGCAGGGGAAGGAACUCUAGGUAACCAGUCUGUUAAAUCUGGGUCAAGUGGAGUUGUCUCCCUUGGUUCCGAAAAAAAGGUAGUGGAAUCUGUUAGUGGUGUUGAUGGUAGGCUCGAUGAUGACACUGUUAUGGUGAAACCUGAUCACAAAGAAGACAUUGAAGAAACUGUUAAAAUUGUUGAUACACAGGCAAGUACUGGUAAAACAGAGGUCAAUGAUCAUGAUGAAGUUGAUGCUAAAGUAGUGCAAUUAGAUGAUUCUGUUGUUGAUGAUUCAAGGGAUAAUGUCACUCUGAAUGAUGCUGAAAUUAAAGCAAAAGAAAAAAAUGAUGAUGAUGAUGAUGAUGAUGAUGAUGAUGAUGAUGAUGAUGAUGAAUUUCAUGAUACCUUUACUGAUCUCUGUGAGAAUGAAAGUGAGGCUGUGUGUGAGAAAGAUGAACUUAAACUUGAAAGUGAGAAUCAGGGAAAGGAAGGAGAUAUUGAACAUGAGAUCAUUGGUGAAAAAGAUGGGCUUGAACUUGAAAGUGAGAAUGAGAUAAAGAAAGAAGAUAUUGUUGAUGAAAAUGUUGGUGAGAUAGGUGAACUUAAACUUAAAAGAGAGAAUCAAGGAAAAGAAGGAGAUAUUGUUCAUGAGAUCAUUGGUGAGAAAGAUGGGCUUGUACUUCAAAGUGAGAAUGAGAUAAAGAAAGAAGACAUUGUUGAUGAAAAUGUUGGUGGGAUAGGUGAACUUAAACUUAAAAGAGAGAAUCAAGGUAAAGAAGGAGAUAUUGUUCAUGAGAUCAUUGGUGAGAAAGAUGGGCUUGUACUUCAAAGUGAGAAUGAGAUAAAGAAAGAAGACAUUGUUGAUGAAAACAUUGGUGAGAAACAUGAAAAUGAGAUAAUGGUUGAAGAGAUUGCAAAUGAUGAUAAUAGAAAUAUUGAUGAUCAAAAAAGUGUUACUGAUACUGUGGUAGAUGAGUGUGAGGCUGACAGAAAGGAUGAUGCAAAUGAAAAGGUGAAUGACAGAAAUGAUGAACAAGUUACUGUUGCAGAUACUAUGUUAGAAAGAAGUGAUAGUGAAGUUAGAGAGAUGGAAGAUAGUGAGGCAGAUGCCAAUGCCAAAGAAGAGACUGCAUUAGCUGCUAAUGAUACAAAAAUUGGAAAUGAUUCUUCUGAAAAUUCAGAUAAAUUUGAUUUAAGUAACAACACUAAAAAUCAACAGGUAAUUCUAACAUCCGAGGAGCAGAAUAACGAAAGUGUUGACAUAUUGGAUGCUGUUGAAGGAUGUGGCAAUAAUGCCAAUUUUUCAGUUGAACCAGAUAAGGACAUUCCUAAUUUGGAAGAAACAAAGACAACCUUAAGACCAGAAAUAAAGGCAAUUAACAGAAUCUCAAGCAGAAGCAGUUACAUUAGUCUUGAAAGUGAUGUUACAUACAACAGUGAAUCAGAAAUUUUAGAUGAUGGGGAUGACUUUGGGGAUGACCUUGCAUUUAGAAACUCUGUAUGUGGUGAUGAGUUUCAAUCUAAAGGAGAUAGUCACGACCAACCAAAUUCUGAAAGUUUGGCUGAAACUCCUGAUGGCAUCAAUAAAUUGAGUUCUGAGAAAAUUGGUAACAGGGUGGAUAGUCAAUUGACUGAAGACAUUGCUUUCAACCUUGAUACAUCUGAGAAGAAAAUUACAAUGGCAGAUGAAACAAUAGAAGGGAUCAAAAAGAAUGAAAUGAUUGUAGACACUUCUGUUUUGUCUCAAUAUUUGAUAGAUGAUACUGAAGUAGAACAACUAAAUAACAAAAAACUUCAAAGUCAUCGAGUGGAAUUGCUAAAACAAGAAGCCUUUGACGAUGUGUUCUUGUCUGUACCUGAAAAAAUAGAAGGACUGGAGAAGGUCUGUGAUUCACCAACUGAUGGACAAAUUGACGCAUUUGCAAGAAACUAUGUUAAAGAUAUUCUUAACACUGCAGUGGUAAAAUAUAAUGGUGAAAUUUUGGAUGAAAAAAUUGUCCUGAGAAGACCCUCUUCAAAGUCUGACAAAACAAUUGAUAUAAUUGUUGAAAAGAGAAGAUACUCUGAAGAGCUUGUAAAAAAUGUAACCCCAUACUUCACUCGCAGCUUGUCAUGCGGAAGUGUUGAGGUUUUGAAAUCAGGGAAGAUAACUUCUUCAAGGCAGGAGAAGGAAAGUCUUAAUUACUGCUCGUUCAAAGUUGACACUGAUGCAGAGCUUGUGCUUGCAUCAAUAGAAGAAGAGAAAAAUCCUGUUCAAGGUAAAUUAUCACUUGCGGAAACUUCAUUGCCAUCAAUUUCAGGAUAUGGAAUAUACUACACAGGAACUGGGGACCAUUCUGGACUUAACUCUGAAGAUGAUAGUAGUAAUGAUGAAGAAUUGAUUCAGGACAUGGCAAGUGCUGGUGCACUUGUCCCGGAGUUUAUUCCUAUGAGUAUUGAUACUAAUGACAUACAUCAAAAGUCUGAUGAAAUUAAAAGACUUUCUAAACAAGAAGAAAGUGGCGAGAACAAAGCACAGAUUGAAGUGAGCUGUAGAGAAAUAGUGGAAAAUGUUAUUGAUAGUGAAACAGAUGGGUUUCCACGCCAAUCAGAAACCAAAGCUGAAGAAAGUUCUAUUAUUUCUACUGAUGCCUGUGCUGAUAAUGAUAAAGAACAAAGUGUGAACACUUCUGAAACAGUAGAAAUCAUUCUGACUGAAGAAGAAAUUGCAAUGGAAGAAAAACAUACCCUUGCAAAACUCAGCGACACUACAACGGACACAAUUGUUCUGUCUGAUAAUGCUAGUGCUGAAGAAGCUGUAAAGUUGGAUGAAGAUCUUUGCAUUGAAGCACCUUCAAAAGAACAUGAGACAGAGAGUCCAACAGGGGAAAGAGAAGAAGCUGGUGAACAAAAUACUCCAGCGAAAGAAUCUCAGGAUGAAAGUAUGGACAGUAAGCAAAAUAAGCCCAGCAAUUCCAUGACAGAUGUUGACAAUGCAGGAAAUAAAAAUGAGAUGGCAGAAGCCAAGGAAUUAGAAAGCAGGGGAACACAAGAUAAUCAUAAAAGUGAUGACAUUUCUGAUGCAGAUUUAAAGACAGUUGAUAAUGAUUUAAAAGUUGAAGCAGAUGUUACAGAAUGUCAUGAAUUAAACACCGGUAAUGGUGUUGAUUUUAGCCAUAAAGAUGACAGUCAGUUUACUGCCAGUAGUGCUGAUGAGAAACAAGAUGACACUGAUGUUCCACAGGAGGCAUUGACUGGUGAAGAAAACAUUGAUCAGAAAGAUUGUGUGGAUGAAAAGUCAAUAGAGUCAGUAAGUGCUGAUGUAGAUGUAGAACAUAAAGACCAUAAUAAAGGUUUAGAUAGAGAAAGUUCUCAAGAGGAAGCUGGUGAAAUGGAAUAUGACAUGGAUGAUAUUGAUGAAGUUAUGGCAAACAUAGAGGAGCCUGAAACUAAAGAUACACCUAAGGGGUUGCAUGAUGAAGUCUGGGUUAAAGGCACUGAAAUCGAUACAGAUGAUACACCAUUAAAAGACAUAGAAGCAAAGCCAACAAAAGUAGAGACUUCAGGUGGUUCAGCAUCAAAUUUACCAACAGCUGGUACACCGGUAAGCAAAAAAUCAAAGAAGAUGACCGGAAGUCAGAAAAAAGCAAAAUCUUCCAAAGAAUCAACAAAAGCAAGCAAGGAACAAGGAAAAUCUGCUGAAAAGGAAAGGAAAGUGUCUGCAGAGGGGAAAGGCUCAAGAGUGUCAGCAGAUUUUCCCUCAUCUGAUGGGAGUGAGUUAGGAGCGGAAGGGGAGAGCGGAGAUAAAAAGAAAGAUAAGAAAAAGGCAGGAAAGAAAGAGGGAAAGGAAACUCCAGGAAAGAAAGAGGGGAAAGAAACUCCAGGAAAGAAAGAGGGGAAAGAAACUCCAGGAAAGAAAGAGGGGAAAGACAAGGAAGAGUGUACUGUGAGUUAAGGUUUAAUGAAAGCAUGGGUAUGAGAUGGACAGGGUGGGGAAAACAGGGAAAAAACUUCAAAAAUAAACAAUGUUGGCUUAAAUGUUAUAAAAGUUCAAUUUCUCUUUGUGAGUGAAUAAAAGUUUGCAUUUUUAAACUCUGAAAGUUUUUGAUGUGUUGAAUUAUUGAAUAAAUUUCAUUGAUUGAAAGAUAUUUAACUAAAACAAAAAUUGAUCAAAAAAGGAAGUUUGAAAAUUAUCUGAAUGGUUAAAAGUAUGCUUUAUAUAGCAUUUUUAAUAGAGGACUUUGAAAUGGAAAAUAAAAAAAUAUUUCAAGAACAACAAAAUGUGAUAGAAUUCUUGCAUAACUUCAAAUCAUUGAACUGUUUUAGCCAUACUUGCCUGUGUAUUAGUGGUAUAAUCUAAACUGUUAUGAACAUUGUGAAAAAUCCUUGAACUGUAAUCUGUCCAAGUGUGAUAUUCAUUGUCAUUGAAUAUACGCAGAAGUAGGUAUUGCAGUGUGUUGUGUUUUUUUCGACUGAAAAUGGGGCCGAAAUUCACAAUCCUAAAAAAAAGUAAUUAAUCUUUAAAAAAAAUCUUCCAAUUCAUGAUUUUGAAGUGGGCUUUGCUUUAUUAGAAAAAUGCUAUAUGAUAUUCACAAUUUUAGGCAAGUUGUCCCUUUUUUCACAAUUCGAAGGGCCUGGCCCCAAACACAAAAAGUGUGGAAAAAAACACUGUGUUAUUAGUAGGAUGUCCUACAUGUAUGUAGUUUCCUUGUUGUAACAUCAAAGAGAUGUACAGCUGCUUAUUUUUAUUUAAUUUCCAGUAAAAGUUGGUAUAUCAAAAUGAAAAAUAAUUAUUUACAAACAAAAUGAAAAAUCUUUUAAAAUAAAAAUCUCAAGAAAAUGUUUAUUUUAUAAAAAAAAACACGGAAAAAAUCCUGAUUUAAAAAUGAGAAAAUAGCUGAAUCUGAUAUAUGUUUUGUUUAAUAUAAAAAGCUGUUUAAUAUAAAAUGGUUAUUAUUUUACAAGUUACAUUGAAUUUAUUGCCUUAUGUUGUCAAGCCAGAGAAGUGUAUGAUUUUGAUUUAUUCUUCAUUAAUGCUCUGUUUUGUAGUCUGUAUGUUUCUUUGUUGAUGUUUUUGUUCGAUGUCCACAUGUUGCAUUUUGAGUGCUAUUUUUUUUAAAUUAUUGCAUUUUGCAUAAUGAUUUUGUCCAUACCAUGCUUGUUAUUGGAUUGAAUUGCCUGAUAUUUUGGAAUGAAAUAGCUAUUGUUUCAGGGUUUUGAAUGAUCAUGCUUAGAUUUUGGACAAUUUGUUAAAUGCCGUUUUUGUUUCUGUACUUAAAGGGGUUAGACACCAGAUGGUCCAAAAAUUGGCAAAUACAGUAUUUCCUCAAAACAAGCUUAGAAUUGUCAAUGGGAGCAAGUAGGAGGCCGAUAAUACAUCACUUUACAUGGUUUUGAUAACAAAUGCAACAAUCAUGGUGCUGUCGCAUCUGUGUUUCCCUGUUUAGAAUAACGCAUACUGGUCUCGAGUUUAAAUCUGAUGAUGAGUCAGGAUAAUUAUAUUUAAACUUACUGGGAUUUACAUGGUAGAAAACCCAAGUAAACUUUGACUUGAAAAAAUACACAAAAACUGCUAAAGAUGUAUGUGUCAUAAGCGAUGUGAUACAUCAGUAAGUAAGAGUCAAUGUGUUGUACACAACAAUACCAAUUUUAUGCAAGUUUUUGAGAUUAUUUUUUUGGCAGUUGUAUCAUCUGGUGUCUAGCCUCUUUAAUGUACUUAAACAUCUGAGAAACAUGGCAGACACAGGGAUUACUUGCCUUGCGACAGGAUCAGUGUUGUCGUCCAUCAUGUUUUUUCCGUCAUCAAUAACUUUUGAUUGGCUUGGUUAAGUGUCAUCAAACUUGGUAUGCACGUUGGUCAAUAUCUGUAGACGAACCUUAUUGAGUUUUGGAGUUCAAAGGUCAAGGUCAUGUAGACUUUUACUAGGAAAAUGAUAGGCUCUCUUAACAGGCGGCACAUUUAUUUGGUUGAAAUCUAUUUAUAUGAAUUGCAGUUUAAAGCAAUUAAUAAAACAAUAUUUGAUUAUCAUAUGGAUUAUAUUGGUGCAUUUAUUUUAAACUUUUAUUUUGAUAAACACCAUUUUUACCCUCAUAUAACAUAUUACUUUCUUCCAAAUAUUUUAGUUUGAUUUAUGCAUUGUAAAUAUUGUAAAAAUCAAAUUAUACUGAAACUGGAUUGUAUAUAAUUCAAAAUCAAUCAAGAUGACAGUAAGGUACCUGGAAAAUAUUCUCUCUUUUUUCUAGAUUUUUUAUUUUUAAUUCUGUUGAAUAUUCUAGAUGUUAAGUGUCCCGUGUUGAUUCCAAAAAUAUGUUUUCCAAAGUUUAAAGAAGAAAAGAUAAUUUUUAUGAAUGUUCUUUAUAUUUUGUUAAAGUAUUCCUGUUGAAUAAUUGGUGGGUUUUUUUGGGCCUUUUUGGGGGGCCAAAAUUUGGUCCGAUUCCACUCCUGAAAAAAAAAUAUAUAUUUCCUGUUUCAAGGUUAAAAAAAAUCCCCUUUUUUUAUAAACAUUGUAGCAAAAUAGUAUCAUUUACGAAUGUUACCAUUGGAUUAAUUAAUAAAAGAUUUGAAAACAACUUAAAAUUAAAAGAAUCAUGUUCGAAUUAUUCACCGAUUUCCCAAAAUGACGCUAUUUACCCCCUAUCAAAGAGCCCCUCAACCAUUCACAUUUGAGUGGAAAACCAACACCGAUAGUUCAACUUAUUUUUUGAUAUUUUAUUUUUAUAAUGUAUAAAUAUCUGGUCAUUUUGUGCCAUAACAGGUACUUAUAAAUAUAACCAAGAGGAUUCCAUUCCAUUGUUAAGUUUUAGAAAUUCUUCAUGACUAUAUUCUGUUAUAAAUACCUUUCAUUGAUAUACAAAUAAAACACAUAUCACUUUCAA